UCUGUGAGAGAGAGACAGAGAGAGAUUCAUGAAUCUUUUAUAGAACAAGAACAAGUUUCAGAAUCUGGUCUGACUCUUUGUAACCUUCCCGUUUAAGAUUCAUCGUACGUAUUCAAAUCUCCAUUUCUCUGCCAUUGUUGUGAUCUCCGCCUCGUUUUUUUUUUCAUUUAAAAAAAUCUGUUCGAUCUCUUCUUUACCAAAAAUGGUGAAUUUGUUUUGGACGAUCUGACGACGAUCGUCUCUGGCUGAUCCAGACGGUUCAGAAACGCUGUAUUUGAUCCUCCAUUGUCGUUUGCACUCAGAAACAAGUUUGAGUUUGUACAUAUAGAAUGGCGUUUAAUGCGGCUAUGGCUUCUACAUCUCCCGCGGCGACUGACGUUUUCAAAGAACAUAUCGGCCUCCGAAGAUCGUUAUCAGGUCAAGACCUCGUCGUGAAAGGCGGUGGAAUACGGAGAUCAAGCUCCGACAAUCAUUUGUGUUGUCCUUCCGGUAAUAACAACCGGAUUCGCGCUGUAUCUCUCCGUCCUGGUCCGGGAAUGAAAAGCAGCCGAUCUGUAGGAGUGUUCUCGUUUCAGAUUUCGAGCUCCAUAAUCCCAAACCCGAUAAAAUCAUUGCUAUAUGAAACGGACACGUCUCAGGAAGAGAAAGAGAGUGAUGAGGUCGAGACUGAGCCAAAUUUAGAUGGAGCCAGGAAAGCGAAUUGGGUCGAGAGGUUACUUGAAAUAAGGAGACAGUGGAAGAAAGAGCCAAGAACAGAGAGUGGAAACGGUGAAGUCGGAGAGGAAAAUGUAAACGUUACGUGUGGUUGCGAAGAUGGAGAAGGCUGCGUCGCGGAUUACGGAUCUGAAAACGGUGACUGGGAACGAGAAUCGUUUUCGAAAUUGCUUGUUAAGGUUUCUUGGUCUGAUGCUAAACAGCUUUCUCUGUUAGCCUAUUUAUGUAACGUGGCUUACACGAUACCAGAAAUCAAUGGUGAGGAUUUGAGAAGAAACUACGGGUUGAGGUUUGUUACAUCUUCGUUAGAAAAGAAAGCCAAAGCAGCUAUACUUAGAGAAAAACUCGAGCAAGAUUCGACACGUGUCCCUGUAGUUACGUCCCCUGAAACGGAAUCCUCAAAGCCUCAACAACGAUCAUCUUCAUCUUCUUCUGCUUCUGCUUACAAGAUUGCUGCUUCGGCCGCAUCUUACAUUCACUCAUGCAAAGAGUAUGGUUCUUCAGAACCGAACAACCCGGUGUAUAAAUCAGCUGCUGCGGCUCAGGCAGCAGCGUCUACAAUGACCGCGGUGGUUGCUGCGUGUGAGGAGGAGAAGCAGGAAGCGGCAAGGGAGCUGCAGUCGCUACAAUCUUCUCCUUGUGAGUGGUUUGUGUGUGACGAUCCAAACACAUACACUAGGUGCUUUGUGAUUCAGGGAUCAGAUUCUUUAGCAUCUUGGAAAGCAAACCUCUUCUUCGAGCCAACUAAGUUUGAGGAUACAGAUGUAUUAGUGCACAGAGGAAUCUACGAGGCAGCAAAAGGAAUAUACGAACAGUUCUUACCCGAAAUAACCGAGCAUUUGUCUCGACAUGGCGAUAGAGCUAAGUUUCAGUUUACGGGUCAUUCUCUUGGAGGCAGCCUCUCAUUAAUUGUGAAUCUGAUGCUGCUCAGUAGAGGACUCGUUAGCACCGAAGCUAUGAAACCUGUGGUCUCGUUCGGUUCACCGUUUGUGUUUUGCGGCGGUGAUAAGAUUCUAGAGGAGCUUGGUCUUGACGAGAGUCAUGUUCAUUGCGUGAUGAUGCAUAGAGAUAUUGUUCCACGAGCCUUCUCCUGUAAUUACCCUGAUCAUGUUGCUCUCGUUCUCAAGCGUUUGAACGGGUCGUUCCGUACACAUCCUUGUCUCAACAAAAACAAAUUGUUGUAUUCACCGAUGGGGAAAGUAUUUAUUCUACAGCCGAGUGAGAGUGUCUCGCCGACGCACCCUUGGCUUCCGCCGGGAAACGCUCUCUACGUUUUAGACAAGAGCAACGAUGGUUACUCUCCCACGGCACUGCGUGGGUUUCUAAACCGCCCGCACCCGCUCGAAACGCUGAGUCAACGCGCGGCUUAUGGCUCCGAAGGAUCGGUCUUGAGAGACCACGACUCUAAAAACUACGUCAAAGCCGUGAACGGAGUCAUACGGCAGCACACGAAGCUCAUCGUUAGGAAAGUCAGGAGACAGAGGAGGACUACUGUUUGGCCGGUGCUGACGUCAGCAGAACGGAACUCUUGGAUCAACGACGGGAGCCUGACUGCGACAGAAGAGAUCAUGACACGUGUCUAGUGAUGAGUGGAAAUUGAGCGUCGAUGCCUCGUUGAGUUUGUGUAUAAAAAAUGGAACCUCAUGGGUUUGUUUAAAUUUCUUGUGGUGACCCGAAACGAGUCAAUAAAAAUUGUCGUAAAUACCUCUUUUCGUUAGCAAAUUAUAUAAAAACGAAAGCUAUAUGUCACCUAUUAACAUGUAAAUCAAAUAUAAAUUUUUGGUCAGAUGAAGUCGUAUUCAAA